GAUUCAUUUUGUCUAUCAUUUGGUCUUUUUAUUUGUCUUUUUUCCUUUUAGUUUAGCUUCAUAGGAAGGGAGAGAAAGGUAUGGAUGAGAAGAAUGAUAAGGUUGAUGAAGUGAUACUACCUGGGUUUCGAUUUCAUCCUACUGAUGAGGAGUUGGUUGGUUUCUAUCUCAGAAGGAAGAUUCAACAAAGACCACUCUCAAUCGAGCUUAUCAAGCAACUAGACAUCUAUAAAUAUGAUCCCUGGGAUUUACCAAAAGAGUGUGCAACCACUGGUGAGAAAGAAUGGUAUUUCUACUGCCCAAGGGACCGGAAAUAUCGAAACAGUGCACGACCGAACCGAGUUACAGGAGCUGGGUUUUGGAAAGCCACUGGAACAGAUAGACCCAUCUACUCAUCUGAAGGUACCAAGUGCAUUGGCCUGAAGAAGUCCCUUGUGUUCUACAAAGGAAGAGCUGCAAAAGGGAUCAAAACUGACUGGAUGAUGCAUGAGUUUCGGCUGCCUUCUCUUACUGACUCAGCCCCACCCAAGAGGUCUAUGGAUAAAACUCUUCCUGCCAAUGACUCAUGGGCAAUUUGCAGGAUAUUCAAGAAAACCAACUCCAUGGCACAGAGAGCUCUUUCUCACUCUUGGGUCUCUCCAUUACCUGAAACCACUGGACCUGACAUCCUAACUCAAGAUACACACUGCACUCAGUUCAGUUCAGAGAACAUCUCUUUCACAACAGAAGCUGGAUCUGCUGUCCAGUUUUCUUCUUACAAUGACUCCCAACAGUCCACAACUACUAGUCUCUCUCUUCCAGACAUUUCCCUCUACAAACCCAUUUACCAACCAGUCUGUCGAACUUCUAUACUUCCGAUUUCAAAUGCAGACCUUCCAGCUGGUUUCAUGUUCACUCCACAUGAAACGCCAAGUCCUGCUAGGUGUACAAUUGAUGUUGCUUCCAUGCUUUUCAACUUGUCACCUGCUUUACUCUCGGAUGUCAGUAAAGACUCUGAGAGUAUAGAUUAUUGUGGCUCACAGCAGCAGUGUAAUGGCUUCUCAGUCACUUUACCACAGGAGUUGCAAGGGAACAUGGGUUCCAGUGUAGUGGAGACAUGCUUGAGGAAGAACUCAAAUGUCUCACCUGCAAGCAACCAGUUGGGAACUGUCAGAUCCAUUGGAGUCCCAUUUAGCUUGCCUCCAAAUCUACCCGAUGCUUGGAAGACUAAUUCACCGUGGGAUUAUCCCUCAUGUCCUAGUGAUAUGUCCACUAACCUUUCCACAAACAAGUGCUAUACAUGAUCAAGUUGUUGUACCAUUGAAGUGUUUUUAGUUUGAGUUUUAAAUGACCAACUGCAGUUUCAAAUGAGAAAU